AUGCCGACCGCCGUCUCUGCUGUGAGCGUGCGUCACGCUCGCUGUCCGUCGUGAGAGCACGCGUCUGGACCACGUCUGUGCCUCCGCUUGUGACGACUCUCCGCAGCGCGUGUGUGUGCUAGUGUGUGUGUGUGUGUGUGUGUGUGUGUGUGUGUGUGUGAGUGUUGUAAAAAGACAGAUAGAUGUGUAGGUGACAGUGCGACGAGGAUAACACAGUGGAUUACCCGCAGCGAGAAACGACCCCCCGCUAUGAGGAUACGAUGCCCGACGACGGCGACCUGAUGCGGCGACGGCGUGGCCGCGGGUUCGAACCUCGGGCCUGGCAUGCCGUCGUCGUCCUGGUGCUGGCGGCGUGCUGUCUCCCACGCGACGUGCUCGGCGGCAGGCACCGGCACGACCAUCAUGGAGGCGACGCACCGCGGCAGCGAGCAACAAGGCAUAACGGGAUUAGCAAACAAGACGCCUCGACGCUGUACUGGACGGUGGACGAGGACUGGGGCGGCGCCCCGAUGUACCCGCCCAUCGUGAACGUGGCGCCGCACGGUCGCAUCGCGGCCAACGCGACGUGCGGCGAGCGCGGCGAGGAGCGCUGGUGCAAGGGCGGCGGCGCGGGGCUCGGGGCGCCCGGGGGCGGCGCCGGGGGCGGGCCGCGCCGGGGGCAGCAGUGCUCCGUGUGCCAGCGCCACCACCCGGACAAGGCGCACCCCGCCGAGCUCGCCCUGGACGCGGGCUCGGACGGCUGGUGGCAGUCGCCCACCCUGGCCGAGGGCCCCCAGUUCGAGCACGUGACCGUCACGCUGGACCUGCUGCAGCAGGUUCAACGACUACAGCAUUUCCGCGGAUGUAUGAGAGGUCUGACAGUAAACAAUAUGAGCCAGGAUCUGGUUGGAGAUAAUGCUAUGCACCAUCAGGUUGGACAGUGUUUUGCCAAUGUCGAAAAAGGAUCUUUCUUCGCUGGUGACGCUUAUGCUAUUUACAAAAAUAAAUUUGUGGUGGGUGACCUUCUUCAUGUAGAAUUGGAAUUUAGAACUUCUGAAUUAAGUGGUGUUCUUUUAAGCAUAUCAGAGCCGAGGGGAUACCCCGCCAUGUCCCUUGAAUUAAACAAUGGCAAAAUCAUUCUUGCUGGUGAUCUUGGAGACCGCCGGCGCUUUGAAAUUGCUGUAGUAUUGCCAUCGCUGUGGACUCUUUGUGAUAACCGAUGGCAUAGAAUACAAACUAGUUACAGAAAUGGUGAACUUGUGUUACAAGUAGAUGAUUUGAGGCAAAGUCAACCAUUAGCGGAUGAUGGCCACCAUGUAGAAACAAGAACUAACAGCCCUGUGUACAUAGGGGGUCUCCCAGAAGGUGCAUUGACUGAAACAUUAGGUGUAAAAGACAAUUUUAAGGGUUGCAUUCGCAAAGUGAUGAUUGGUGGGGAACGAAGAGACUGGACAGUGAUGGCAGAUCUUCACAACAUUGGACUUGGCUCUUGUCCCUUGGUAAAUUGAUUUGUUAUAAGGGGCCAUCCAUAAAGUACGUCCAACAUUCGCGUUGCGAACCUGCCAAGUUCAGCCAAAGCGAGCUAUCAUAGCGCCUGAUAGGUAGGCAACAUCUUGUCUGCAGUGCAUGCUUGUACUGCGGUGUGGCCUACCACGUGUAUCGCAGGCGCUGAGCACCCGGAAGAUUGCCGAAUGAAUCGGAGAAAAAUGACGUACUUUCUGGACGAUCCCUAAGUCAUUGAUGGUUUUGCUUCAUUGCCAAAGAAGCUGUAUGAAUGUUCCUAUAUGUACUACUUACUUGUAAAUUUAGAUUUAUGUAAUUUAUAGGUCAUUACUAGUUGUUGUUUUUUAUGUUUUUGUUGUUGAUGCUGAGAGUUGUAUUUUAGUUUUUUCUAGAAUUUCAUGAAGUAACAGGAAUACAUUUAAGGGAGCAAUCAGUUUACAAUUGUGAUGUCUGCCUUUUACCCUUGGGACUUAUGUCAGUUUUUAAUAAUUAUUUUUUUGUGAAUAUGUAUAUACAUUUUAUAUUUGUAAUAUAAUUCAUUCUAUUUAUUUGUAUCUACCAUGUAUUUCGUUGUCAAAGUCAAAGGAAUGUUAUUUGUAGAAGUUUCUAUUUUUCCACAUUUUUCCCUUAAAAGGGCGGUAGCUAGUAGAAAGUUAAGGAGACAGUGAAAUGGCAGUUGCACUAUACACAAGAAAUUCUAUUCUGGGACACUUUGGGAAAAAACCAAUGGAUAAAAACUAUAAUAAUGCUAUUGUAGUAGGAAUGCCAUCUGCACUGAGCAAGGUCAACAUUCCACUUUGGAGAAGAUCCGUUCUCCUCCGCACUUUAAUAUUCCAUAGACAUCUAAUCUCAUUAAGAUUUCCCGCUAACAUUUUUGUAUCAUAAAUUUAUACAUAUAUAAUUUGUACAAAUGUGUUUUACUAUAAGAUGGACAAUAUUGUCAAACUGUAUUAAAUACAGAAAUGUAUUAUAAUUACUA